AUGGCAUAUGACAGUGAUCAGGAGGCUGGUAUGGUGUAUGGCUGUGAUCAGGACAUUAGCAUGCGGUAUGGCGGUGAUCAGGACGCUGGUAUGGCAGUAGCCAGGAUGCUGUUAUGAGGUAGGGGGGUUAUCAGGAUGCUAGUAUGGGGUAUGGCUGGUGAUCAAAAUGCUGGUAUGGUAUGGUGGUGAUCAGGGUGAUGGUAUGGGGCAUGGCAGUGAUCAGGACGCUGCUAUGGGGUAUGGCGGUGAUCAGGAUGCUGGUAUGGCAUAUGGGGUGAUCAGGAUGCUGGUAUGGGGCUUGGCAGUGAUCAGGACGCUGGUAUGGCAUAUGGGCUGAUCAGGAUGCUGGUAUGGGGCAUGGCGGUGAUCAGGACGCUGGUAUGGCAUAUGGGGUAUGGUGGUGAUCAGGAUGCUGUUAUGGGGUACGGCGGUUAUCAGGGUGCUGGUAUGGGGUAUGGCAGUGAUCAGGGUGCUGGUAUGGCAUAUGGCAGUGAUCAAGGUGUUGGUUUGGUGUAUGGCGGGGAUCAGGACAUUGGUAUGUUGUAUGGGGGUGUUUUUGGUGCACUGGGACAGGUG